AUGCGUCGCUCGAGGACUGUGGAAGGUGGCACCACCGCCGACGAAAACAGCGCCGCCGUCGCUACGGCGACUCCCAACAGUCGCGUCAGCUCGAAGCGCGAGCGCUGGUCGUUUGCAAUCAAGCGUCGCUGGUUUUCCUCGUCGACGUCGCGAGCCGCUAGCCACGACCAGGAAGCAGCGGCAAUCACUAUACCUGCCAGGACCACUCUUGGAGUCGGCAACUUAUCAGCACAAAGUUUAUCCCACAGCUGACUUUUAUUGUUAGCACGCAGCCAACUUUUUAGUUUAAUCUUCCAAAACCAGGAAAAUGAAAAUCAAACCUCAAAAAAAAAACACAAUUCUCACGUUAAAAAAAGACACAAAUUUUUAUUGCAGCUGAUUCGUCGGGAAGUUUACCUGACCGGCCCGAUGACUCUUCUUCCUCUUCAUCCGGAGUUUCCAAAAGGAAAUCUUUGAGGUACGCUGUUCCUUCCGUACAGAAAAAUCCCAACUUUUUCCAAUUACGAUUCCAAAUCUUUUCAUCGAUUCCUAUAGAAGUCCUGAGCUUUCGAUUGUUUUCAAAUGUCGAAAAAUUUUCUUUCUUAUACCUCCGCCAAGUUCCCUUACGCAAUCUGUCGAGUUUGAAGAAAUACGAUCAUUUCUGGUUAUUGAGAAGAUUCACCAGAGUUUUUUUCUUACUUCUUCUUUUUUUUUUAUGAUGAACGAUCUUUGAUGUCAAAUUAUGAAAACUAUUUGUAUUCUUUCUUUUUUUCAUUCAGCCGGUUCCCUAGUUCAUAGCGACUGAUUUCUAUUUUUCCUCAUUCGAGACGCGGAGUCCUUCGAAUGAACCUUCAAGAGAGAGAAAAGAAAACAUUGUUGCUUAAUUACUUCGAGUCAAUCAGUAGCUUCCCUUGCCAGAGGGGCAGAAGCUCCACAGACGUGAAAGAAAAUGGCGAAGGGGAAAUGAGCUGGAGGAGCUCAUUUGUUCCUUUCUGGAAGAAUUCCUCCCAUCUCCUUCUUCGCUUUUCCUUUUUCAUACUUCCCACAUCGCUUCUUGAAACUCGAGCUCUAUGAAGUUCUCAUUUCAGUUUAUUCUCUCUUGGUCCAAAUCAUGAAGGCAGGCUUGGCAUAGAUAUGCGAGUCUAGAUAAAUUGAAUUACCGUUAAAACAUGAAAUUCUGGUAUUAAAAUUUUUUUUUUGUCAACUUUUUUCUAUUCGAACGCAUAAAAACCGAUAUUUUUCGAGCUUUUCGAACGACCCGAAUAAUGUGUGUUUUGAAAAAUGAGAUGUUUUUUUUUAUAGAAUGGAAACUAGAGGAUAAUUCUUUGUAGUUCACUUUAAAUUAUGAUCUAUUUUGCUGGUAAUUUUUUUGUUUUCCCUGUUAUCUUUUUUAAGUUCACUUUCGCUAACAAAUUUUUCCUAGAAAAAAUAGGUUACUGAUUUCGAAAGUGAGGCUUUCGUCACUUUUUUAAAACUAUACAAUGGUUUGCGAAUCCAUGAACGGACGACAAGAAAGUUUGUUUCCUUGCAAUAAGAACCCUCUCAUAGUUCGCAACGCUUUUUUUUCGACUUGAAAGAAUGAUGCAAUGAACUUUUUUUUUGGAGCGAUAUGCCUUGAAAAAAUCGUUCUAUCGAGUAGGAUUCCGAAAAUUGGAGGAUUCGGGCCUACUGCGGCGCUCUGUGUGCCUGCCACUUUAUUCCAUAACUUAUUUGACGCGGCGCCGCUGGCUCAGCCCUCCACGCGGCUCCCACUCUUCUUUGCCCACAAGCGGAUUACGCUUUCAAAAUUGAAUAUAUCUUGAUGCGCGUCGCGCCUCCUCGCCUUCUUCGUCGUCCUUCUGCCAAACUUCUUCCCAUUUUUUCGUCUGGUUUUUUUACGAUUCACAGAAGUCAAAUGUUUCCUUUUGCUAGUCAAAUCACUCCUAGUUAUUUUUUAGAUUCAAUGGAAAUAAUAUUUCCUUUCUGUCUAUAGAUCGGAGGUUUUUUAUUUGGUCGUAUGGAUUUUCGUUAAGUGUGCUCUUUGGGUCGAGGAAUUUUAUUUUUUUGGUUGAAUUUGUCAUUUUUUUGAAAUCUCCGAGUUUUUGUGUUGUGAGAUUUUUGUAUAUAAAAGAAAGUAAAGUCAAAUUUUUUUAUUAAACAUCUUAUUCCUCUAUCUGUUCAUAGUUUUUAAAGAAAAAAAUUGAAUUAUUUGAGGCUAUAGCGUUUUAGUGGUUCCUAGCCAAUCUUUUACCCUCUUUUAUAUCUUCGUCUCAUUUCUCUUUAAUUUGGAGCUCCGAAUUCGAAUUUUUUUUUCUUCUCUCUUUUCUUUUAGCUUUCCUUUUUUUAAAUUCUUUUUGCCAAUGGUUUUCUCUUAUCAUUGAGAUUAAUUACGUUAGCAGAUCUAUAAUAAUCUAAAAUAGCUCUCAAAAAUUAGAGAGAGAAAAAUAAGCCUUUGACGUCAUGAAAAAUUUCCGUUUGACGACAGAAAUUUUCAAAUUUCUGCAUUUUACGUCUUUUUUCAACGAUGUCCCAAUUUUCAUUAGAUUUGACUUCCGUCAACUUUUCAAUUCAUUGAAGCUAGUAGUACUUUAUUUUUUUUUAAGAACAACUGUUCUCUGAAAACGAGGAGGCAAACUUGAAGAAUGGAUGAAAUAUAUUUCGUUUUUUUUUCUGAAGGAAUGCUUUGAGUCAAACGUGGAGAAAUUCAAUUAUCGCACAGUCUGUUUGUGACAUGUUGACAGCUAUUCUAGUUGCUAUAGUUGUAUUCUCUUGACUAUCAGAGUCAUGUUUUUAUUCUUUUCGUUUUUUCAAACAAAAAGAAUCAAAAUGAGAAAGAAUAUUAAACAGAUCCACAUACAUCAGUGUUUAUGACGUCAUCCCGUACCAACUACGUUGAAAUGAAGAUGUUGAAAUGAACGCCGCCGCCGCGACUUUUUUUCUUUUUUGUCUGUUUUGUGUCAACGAUCUUUCUUCGUUUUUUGUACACGACUUUCGGUCGCUCCUUGCUGUCUGCGGCUGAUUCUGGCGUUUUCGUUCUGUAAAAACGAGAAAAACUUGAUUUUCAUUGCCGCCCCGCUAGAUCAAUUAGUUCUCGUAUGUUUUUCGAAUCGAUCUUUUCGAAAAGCCGUUGAUAAUAUUCUUACUCAUGUACUGCGCCGAUUUUUCUUCUAGAUUCAAAGAAAAAGCCCAGAAAAUCUGGUAGGUUAUUUUUUAAAUUGAUUAUAUAUAACUGAGUGUACGAAUAACUUUUCCUUUUUCUAGUUUUCUGUUUUAAUAUUGAAUUAUUUUUUAUAUCUAGUCUGAUAUAUGAUAUCAAAUUUCAAAAUCUAUGAUGAGUACGCGAGAACGUUGUUCUUGAGGAAAAGACAAUUUCAACGUAAUUUCGACUAUAUAAUAUUUUUUUCUUUUCUGGAAAGUUGUGUAAUCGGGAAAAAAAAGGGUUUUCUAGAAGCAUUCCACCUUGUUUUUCAAGGGUUUUUGCAAGCCUAAUAGCCGCAUAAGACAUAAACAGACUAGUUCGAACCUCAUUUAAUUCAGGAGGCUGAAAAUUAGCUCUUUUUAAUUAUUUUUUUAUUAGAAUACCGAAAUGGUUUAUGCAUGGUAGGAAAGAAGAGUUUCUAAUCAUUGGAGUUUGCGUAUUUUGAGUUUUUGGCGUAAAUAAACGGCCGAAGAGUAAUGGGAAUUGGAGGUCUCUGCUGGUUUUGUCAAUGUGUUCGAAACGAAUAUCGUUGGAAACACGAUGACAGCCCAACCGAAUUUGCAUUCUCGCUCUUCAAUGUUUUUCGUCCUUUUUUCCUACCCGUUCUGAACGUUUCCUAAUACUGAGAAGCUUUUUCAGUGGUUUUCGAACGCGUUUGAAGGAUCGAAUUUCAUCCUCAGUUUUUUGAAUCUUGAGCCGGCUGAGCAGUUAACAAUGAUUGGGGUCAGAAGAGCUAUUUUUGCUGAGCUUGUCGACAAAAAAUUCCUUCCUUUCACUGAAUUGGUUUUCUGAACCUUUUAGGCCUUCCAUAUCAUCGUUCUUAUCAAAAGUUUACUUCUUUGAAAAUCUCAAUUCUUCGAGAUCAAUCAUGAAACAAGGGUUUUUUAAAAAUUUGAUUGGCUCUGAUCACAAUACUAAAUUUGUAAAACAUAAUUUUUGAUCCUCAUUAACGAAUUUCUCAAACAGGAUCACAGGCUCUUUUUUUUAAAUCGUACUUCAUCUUCCGUCCUUAUACGUAAAGAGUAUGAAGGAAGUUUAAAACGGGUGAAAAGACGAGAAACUUGACGGUUUUUCUCAAGGAGAAAAAAAAUUUCGAGCCUUUUCUCUGCGUGUAUUUUUUAUACGUAGGCGUGAGCGUGUGUGUUGCCGCGAGAAAUGCAAGAAUCGAUCGUAGGACGUGAGGUGGGGGAGCCGGUGGAAGAAGAAGUGGAAAGAAAAAGAAGGCGAGAGAGAAGUUUGUGCGCAGAAGCGGCGACGGGCCAGACACAGAAAAGAAGUUGGCAAUCAUGUUGGGGAAGGUUUCCAGGCUUUCGGCUCAACUUAAUUGUUCCAUUCGCGGGCUCUUCUCGGUAGAGCAUGGUUCCAUCGUCGAUGGCAGCUGUUGUUUCGUUGACAAGAGUAGAAACGGAUUGACAGAGCAAAUUAAUCAAUUAGUGUUGUUCAAAUGAUUUGCAAAUUUAAACCCAAAAGAUUGAAUUUUUUUUUCAGUACAUAUCAUUUCUCAUUCAUACGAUACAAGCCUUCAAGAAAAAAGGACCCAUGGAGAAUUUCCAGGAUAGUGCUUCAAAAAAAAAGUAGGCAAUUAUCUCCUAAUUAGAUUCUUUGCAUGACGUAUAUUUUCAAAAAGAAGCGCGAAAAAAAAGAAGCCAUUGUUUCUUUUAUUUCUUCGUUUCGCCUCGUUUUCAAUAUGGUUGCCGUGAAAGUUGGUUGACACAUAAAAUAGGAGCGCCUGAAUCUUUUUUUUUCUAUUUUUCGUGAGCUUCCGCUCAUAUCCUUGUGGCUUAGUUCUCGCUUCGCUUGUAGUUACUUAUAAUAUUUUGUUUUUGUCGCACCUCAUAUACUUUUCGCAUCUAAAAAUAUUUGUCUCGAUGAAAAGUAAAUUUUCCCAUUUUCUAAAAUUUAGAUAAUAUUUACAUAACACAGAACUUUCCUUCUCAACUCAAGUUUCCUUGCGAGCUCGGGGCUUUCUACUUCCUUCUUAUUGGAUAUACUCUUGACACUUUCCCACGGGUUUUUUUCUUGCAAAACUCCAAACAAACCGUUGACUAAGAAGGUCUCUCAAGAUAUAAUGUUUCCUUAAAGCUUUUGCUAUUCCUACCUGAUUUAAAUAAUCACUUUUUUUUCAAACUCUCUUCGAGUAGUUUUUGUUGGUUUCUUCUUUUUUUCAUCUGAAAGAUAAAAAAAAGUAUUUUUGUGAAUAUUUUAGCUUCAAAAUUCUUUUUCAGGCGUAUUUUUCGCGAAUUCGAACAAGGAGCGAAGUCGGCAGCCAGCAGCUCACUCGGCGCCUUCCAACUCAGCUCCAACCUCGAUCAACGGCCCUGUACUGUUUCCUCGACUUUUUUGAAUAUUUUCCUUCUUAUAAUAUUGUCACAGUUUGUCUGCAAGACUCAUUCAAUCCAUAAGCCGGAGAAAAAAUUUAAAAAAUUAGAAUUACUCUAUUUUUGGAAAAAAAAAACAUUGCUGAAGUUUUGGAAGCUUUGGUUACUAGCUCUCAGCUUUUUUGAAAAUUUAAAAAAAAUUUGAUAUUGGUCAGGAAAUGUAGGUGAUACCGGAAUCAAAAAAAUGCUUCGAAAUUUUUAGACAGCAGUUCAGCUUAUCUACGUUUAAAACUUCAUUUAUUUUACGAUUUGAGAGGUUUUUAGAUCGGCGCUGAGAAAUCAGUUGGAAGUCAUUAAUUAAUUUCGAGCUAUGUCCAAAAAGUAACAUUCAAAAUGCAAAUCAAAGAAAGCGAAUUGAACUGAAUACGGGGCUUCAGGUGGCAUCGUCGCCGCUGGGUGUGCUUUCUUCGGGAGAAGAGUCUUCGCAGCCGUUGAACGCCUCGGAAGCCGCGUCCGCAGCGACUUGCGCGGUCCCGUCGACGUCCUCCGCCUCGGUGCUGCCGCAGAGUGGCGUCGCCUUCGAAGAAACCGACGCCGAGAGUCUUCCGCCGCCCAUGCAGAACAUCACCCUCAACACCAUGGUAAUCGAAUAUCCGUCAUCUCAAUUGUAUUUAGAAAAAGUCUUUAUUGAUAAUCUUUUUUGAAUUUUCAACUCUCGCUUGGGCGCCCUUUUUCAAUCUCUACAUAUUUCGAAGUCAGUUUUCAGUUUUCGAGUGAGGAGCAUGUCUAACUAAGAAAAAAGUGUAUAUAUUGAAACUCAAAUAGCCUCAUCUAGUCAAUGCUACCCAUGUUAUUCGAAUCAUCAGCAUUUCCGAGACGCUGAAAAAAACUGAUAGUUCCUAGAGUUUUUUGGAAAAAAGCAUAGAAAUUAUGAAUUUUAACGCAUUAGGCAAUUUUCAUCAUAUUAAUCAGUUUUCUUCUCAGAGUAAAGACUGUCCAUUUUACUAUAGUGAAAACUCCAAAAUCAACGUUGGAACUUGUCAUUUCUUUUUCAAGGUGGAUAGAUGGAGAAGGCGAGAGUUUCUUGUUGUUUUAAGGAUGGCUCUCAGGGCUUUUUCGCGCUUUUGUGCCGGGGGCUUUUAAGAGCAGCGAAGAGUGACGCCUUGAUGAAACGCAUUGUGUUGUGGGCGCGAAAACUUCUCAGUCCCAUUUUUUGCAAAACACCCGGAAAAUCUGCGCUUCUUGGGAUUUUCAAGUCGUAAACUUUUUCUUCUUGGGCAAUUUUUCUGGCAUUCAGUUUUCAUUGAUAGAUAGUAUGCUAGAAAGUUGUAUUUCGAUGUUUGUUUUUUGAUUAAAUUUCUUUUGGAGAGAUCAUGCUCAUUCAUAGUAUGUUGUUAUCCUUAGCGCAUUUCAAUAGUAGGAAAAAACAUCCGAUGGUUUUUUUUUACUAUGCAACGAAAUCUCACUUGAUGGCGUCCGCCUCUGAAUUUAUUAUCGCGAUUCGGAGCUUUCAUAGAUCUUUCGCUCUCGCUUCUAGGAGGUUUCGUAAUUAGUUUUUUUCUUUCUUUUCCCCCUAUAUUUCGUUGAAUUUUACGAGUUGAAAAUCUUUUUUCCUACAAACUAAAUUUUUAGGUGUGAUUUUUUGGAUGUUCAAGUGUUCGGAGAAGUAGGACCUCCGUUGACAAUUGCAAUGUGUUGGUUGUAGACGAUUAGGAAAAGGGUAGAAGAAAAGUGGGGGGAAAGGCGUAAUGAGAUUGUGCCGCUGCAGCAUUUGCGAGCAGUGUGUGCUGCUCAUAUUGGUUCCGAGCCCCAAGCUUUUUUUGCACAUUAUCCGGCUACUAACAACCCAUUUUUCGAGCUUUUCCUGAAAGAUAUUUCUGAAAUUGUAGACAGCAGGGUUCUUACGAAAAAAGUAAUACGAAGGAUUAACAAAAUUGAGAUAAGGGAUUUUUUUCGAGCUUCAAAAAGCUUUCAUAAGGGCUACGUCACCAAGAUAUGUUUCCAUCAAUUUCGAAACUUUUUUUCGCUUUCUUCGGUCGGUUGUAUUGACAUUUGGAGUUUUUUCUUCUCGCUUCUCACUUUUUUUACGCCAAUCAAGACUGGUUUCGUUUUGAUACCCAAUAAAAAAGUGGUAAAAACGGUUUUAUUUGUUCAGUUUUUUAAAAUAAAAACUCGUUCAAUAUUUUUAAUAUUUCAAAAUUUCAGGACGAAGAGAAAAACGACGAGGUUUUGCAAAACGAGGUCCCGACGCCCAUCGGAGACGAUCCCAAAGCGAUGCCGACACCAGUUGAAGAUCCUCCGACGGAAAAAGCCAAUGAGAAAACUCCAGAAGAGCUCGCUCGCUUCAAAAGACAGUAUGUUGUUAAAAUUAACAAUGUGAUUGACUUUUUAAAAGAAAUAUAUUCAAUUCUAAACUCACGGACUAAAACAGAGCGAUAUAGUCGUUUUGCCUCUUAUCAUUUUCAUAAAAUCAUCAAAUUUUUGUAAGAAUCUUUGAGGGUUAUAAAUAGCUCAUCCGCGCAAUUUUUCAUGAUAAUAUUCUAUCAUAUUCAAUUAGAAUUGAAACGGAGCUGAGGAAAAUCAAUCUUACUUCGCUUCUCAAAAGAUUGAGAGUCAAAGAGCUGUUACAGGUAUGUGCUGAUGGAGCUCGUGGAGACCGAGCAGGACUACGUCCGUGACCUCAACUCCGUCGUUGAAGGCUACAUUGGCAACCUGGAGAAGAUGGAUCUGCCACAGGACCUCGUCGGCAAAGACAAAAUCAUUUUCGCCAACAUCGGGCAGAUCCUCGACUUUCACAGGACGAGUUUCCUGGGAGAAAUCGAAAAGUGCCUUGAAAAUUACGAAGCUGCUGGUCUCGCUUUCGUUAAAUAUGUUCGUUUCUUUCUUAUUUGUUUUUCCUCUAGUAAUUUUUCCUUGUUUCCUCAUUUGUUUGCUCAGGAGCGGCGACUGCAUACCUUAUACGUGAAGUACUGCCAAAACAAGCCCAAGUCGGACUACCUGGUUUCUCAGGACGACUUCGAGCAGGUCAGAACUCCAGCUCUUUCUUGACACUCACAUCAGAUUCUUACAGUUCUUCGCGGAAACCAAGGCCAAACUCGGACACAAAGUAGCACUGUGUGACCUGUUGAUCAAGCCCGUGCAGAGGAUCAUGAAAUAUCAGCUGCUGCUCAAGGACAUUCUCAAGUUCACCGAAAGAGCGCAUGACAAGACGGACAACCUCAAAAAGGCGCUCCAGGUUUUUUUUUUCCCCUAAUUUGUGUGUUUUUCGUAGCUGCUUCUCGAUUUGUAUUUCAUUUCGUGAGAAAAUUGAUAACCUUGUUCAAACAGGAUUCUUGCAAAUAAUUGUACGACUCAGUUUUCAAUCUCAUGUUUUGCAUCGAUUACUUUGAGGUGAUGCACGUGGUACCCAAAGCCUGCGACGACAUGAUGCAGGUCGGACGUCUCCAGAACUUUGACGGCAACCUCAGCGCCCAGGGCAGGCUAAUUCAUCAGGUUCGAAUUAAGAACCAAGUAUGUCGAUGGUAGAAUAAUGUUUUCAGGGGACUCUGCAAAUAAGCGAUUCGACGGCCGGCACGGCGCAGAAGCCCAAAGAUAGGCGCAUUUUCUUGUUCGAGCAAUCCGCCAUCAUCGCCGAUCACAUUCCGCCCAAGAAAGAGUUCGGAAACCCUACCUACAUCUUCAAGAAUCAAAUCAUGGUGAGGAACCUUUUGCAUUCUUCAACAAGUAUAAAAAAGGGGUUUUGAAAAUUUUGAGUUAUAAAUUUUGGCCAUCAUUUAAAGAAGAGCGGCAAAUAAGGCUUAUUUCACAUAUUUUUUGAGUCGUGACUGGGAAAAUUUUAGUGGUAACUAUAGAGGUCCCUCAAGACUAUUUGAAAAAGGCACUAAAUUAGCCACUAAAACCACCUCCAUAAAAACCACUAGUUUCUAGCUCCUUAAGUGGCCACUCAUUUGACUAUUUUAGUGGCCACUAAAACGUCAAAAUCCUAUAGUGGCCACUAAAAAUUUUCCCAGGAGUUUAGAGUUUUGCGAGAGUGAAAACCUUUUGAAAAAAAUGUUGAAAACAAAUCAUUCUUCAGGCCGAAUUAACUAGUUCAUUUUUCCUCGGCUCUUCCAUUUAUAGAAGUUUUUAGUUUCCAAAAUCGAAAAAUAAAAGUUCAGGUUAACAAGAUGGUUUUCGACCCGAACGUCUCUGAGGAUCCCCUGCGCUUUGUGAUCAAAAGCUCGGAUCCGUCCCAACCGACAGCCUUCAUUGCUGUCGCGCAGACGCAAGAAGAAAAGGUUUGCUGCGCUUUUUCGAUUGAAAAAAACGUGAAAGUUUUCGUAAACUGCUAAAAAACAAACCAUUCAGCAAUCAUAAAAAAGGCGUCCGGAUAUCAAGUUAAAAACCACGGAUAUUAGAAAGUAUUACGGUAUAACCAGAACUGUGCGCUGGGCCGAGGGUGAUGGCUGAAUCGGCAUACCAUUGUCACGAACUUUUCAUCUCAUUUCAGAAUUUACAUCAUACAGUUUUUCUAAAUAACACAUUUUCGAUCACACUCCUCCAUAUAAAAAUUCUGUCGAGACAAAAAGGUUCGAAAAUUCGACCGCGUUGCAAAACUAUGGCCAGCCCGGCCGGCCCAGCGCACAGCUUUGGAUAUAGUGCUGCCUGUGAGAAAUCAUCUUUUUGAUUCAAAAAGUUGAUCUCAGAGAAAGUUUUUUUUUAAGUUGAAAAAGGAAAAAAAUGAGACGGUUUGAGGACGACUGGGUACGGAAGAUUGGUGAGCAGCUGGACCAACAGAAGCGACUUCUGGCGGCACUCGUCGAUCCGAAACGCUACAUGGGAGGUGGCGACGACGUCUCCUCCUCCAUGGGCAGCAUGUCCUUGUGAGUUUCUUUAAUCCCAACUUCCACGCUAGGCAAAGUCGGAAAGGUGGAAAAAGGCUCAUAGAAAUGUAAAAGAAAAAAUGAAAGGCUCGAUAAAGAGACCCUUUUUGUUGCCUUUCUGCGCCCUUUUUUAGCCCUUCUAGUGACCAUUAUCCACCAUUUCGACUUCGCCCGAGUAUUAAGUGAUCAUUUUUCAUUUCCUAGAUUUUUUAGCUUCGCUUCUUUGUAACCACUAGGUUUUUUUCAAGAAAUGUUUUCCCUGCUCAAUAAAAUCAUUUCAGAGGAGGCAACGAUAAGAAAACAUCGGCGCCAAGCCGAUUCGGAGGCUCGUCGGCGCCGAAGAGUGCCAAGGCGGAAUCGCCGAAAAAAGAGUCCAAAUCGAAGCUGUUUUCGUUUGGGAAGUCCAAGCCGUCGAGCAAGUCUCCGACGUCACCACCGCCACCGGUGGGCAAUCCGAAAUAAGCCGUAUCUCGUUCUCCUCUAGAUUUCAAGCUCUUUUAUCUAUUAAUAUGGCGUUUUUCCCGGUGACCGCGGCGUCCGCUCGUCUUGUUGUCUGUUUUCUUUCUUCUCGUCCUACGUCUCACGUCCUUGUUUCAAUUGGUCUGCUUUUCAGAUUUUUCAGAGUUUUUUUUUCAUUUAUUGCUCAAGGAGCGGAACCAACCUGUAUUUUCGACUUUUUGAAUUAGUCGGAGGAAACCUUGUUAAGAAUGAUAACUUCAAAUGGUUGGCGACGUGCAAUUGACUCACCCUUUUUUCUAGGUUUCGUACUAACCUUUUAUUUUUAGCUUUUAUCGCAUGUUCAUACCAAUUAUCUUCAACUUCUAGUCAUCAAACUUGUCUGGCUGAUUAUUGCACUGCAGCUCUUGAAGCUCUGGGUAGUUUUUUUUUUGAAAAAAAUAUUUUUGAUUUGUUGAACUUUCCUGAUCUUCUUUUGUAUGUUAUGUAUGACUGACCACUUCCUUCCUUCUUUCUUCCUUAUGUAUAAUGCUAGUUUUUUCUGUGUUGUUUUGAAGUUUUCCUUCAAAUGUUCAACUCAUUGGAAAUCCAUUGAUCUUGAAUUUUUACAUUGUCCAAGAGCUUCAAUUUCUUCGUUUUUGGCUAGUUUUAUUGAUCUAUGGUCUGGUUAUUUUCAGUGUUCACAUAUACGUUGCAGGUCGUUCAUUAUCUUUUUUCCUUACUCUUCUUUUCCAUUUCGUAACUUUUAUUACUCAAAGUUCUUAGUGUUCGCUGCUGGCGCUCAUAUAUGAAAACGAUUUUCCUGCGGGUUGGCUCUCAUUUUCGACGUCUAAAAGCAAUUUAAAGUUCUGGUGACAACGCUUUCAGAAUUUUGUGCCGAUGCGGCUCCGUCGACCGCCGUCGCUUGCUCUUUCUCAUAGAUUUUAUGUUAUUAACAUUAUUGCUCUUUGUUAUAUCAACGAAACUUCGCAACGUGUGAUUUUGAUUGGUAGUUCUGUAUGUAGGCCCUCUCGGUCUUUGCUUUGAUAUGUUGCUUUUGCGAACAUCUCAUUAUCAUAAAGAAACUUCUCUUUGUUGGUUUUCUCUUCGAAAUUAUCUUUCUGUUUUGUAUUCAACUAUGUGAUCUCUUCGGCGAGCACAUCAAUAAAAGGUAACGAUAAGUUGUUUUUUGCUCAGGAAAAAUUGUUGGUGUAUAUAAUGUAUAAUUUUUUUGAAAUGGUGUGGAUUAAUACAGUUAACAUUCUUUUCUGUAUUUGAUCCGAGAAGAUGGGUAUUGAGACGUUUCAAAAUGAUGUUUUAGCUUGAGCUUUUGGGGUAGGAUGGUAUACACAGAGGAGCCUUAACUGUUUCGGAAUGAGAUUUUCUUCUCGAACGGUCAGGCAGCUUCAACGAUCACAUGUGUACCAGAAAAGAUGAAAGUAAACCUAAAAAAAUUUGGAAAAAAAAAAGGAGAAAUAAAUAAAUUCAGUUACUCUGGGUAUCACGACACAAAAAAGUAUUGAUGGUCUUUUCAAGCAGUAAUAAAUUGAAUAAGAAAAUAUCUCAAAGAUAAUGGAUUUUUCAUUUAUCGGAUAUUAAUUCCGCAAGAUGAAUUUAUGAUUGAAAAUAAAUUUUUUUACAUCAAAAACAAGCAAAAUUAUUGAUAAUAGUUAAUUAAACAUAGGGCUGAUUAUGUCUGAAAAGUGACUGAUAAAUAAGAAAUCGUCUGUGUUCUGCGGUCACCGGGAGCUGAAAUCUUGUGGUCGAAACGAGAAACGAAGUUCUUUCUGUUCAGUUGGAAGCCGUCGCAGCGUGCGGCUACACAGGUCUUCGCAACGGAGAGCUCGACCUGGAGGAGGCCGAACAGGUGAAGAAUCAAGUUCUCGAAAAUAUUCAGUUGAUAAUAGUUAAGUAAUGGUGAAAACUACAAUAGUUGGAAAAAAAAAACAGUCGGAUUGGAAAGUCGGAGUCGUCAAACCAAGUUAACUUUCACUGGCUCAGGUGAAAAUUCUGAAAGUGCGCGACGGAUACGCAACAGUGGAACGGGAGGAUGGGAUGGUCGGCAAAGUGCCAAACUACUUCCUGGAACUCGCAGAUAUUCCCGGCGAGACCCUCGCUGACCAAAUACAGUAACCUUGAUGUCGUCCGAAGAUUUUCUGCAAUAGGCGUUUGAGGUAUCGCCGGAAUUGGUAUGCGACAGUGGAUGAGACAUCGCGCCACGUGUCGCCCGUCGGUCCUUUUGCCGAUGUCGGGGAUAUCUUUUCGGCUUCUGGCAGCGAACAGAAGCCCGUCGUCGUCGAAGACAUCGAAGAUCUGGAAGCCGUGGAAGGAGAAGCCGUUUCUCUGCAGCCUAUCAUUUCUUCUCGUGAGCUCUUUUUGGUUUGAAGUUCUUCGAAAAUCAGCCAAAUCGGUUUUUUUUUUCGGUUUUUGUGGAUGCUGGCGUUCAUUGUGAUUGGGUGAAGAUGGGAAAACUUAUCGAAUGAAAUAUUUUUCCCAGAGAUCAAAAUUAGUUAAUUUCACAUCUACGCUAGUUUUCUGGGAGACGUAGUCUAGAACAGCCUCAGCCCAAAACAAGAUCUAUUAUUGUCUUUUAAAAAUGAUGUCGUCUCAAAACCGCAAAAAGUUCUUUUUCUUACCUUUCUAUUACGUAUUUAUAGUCAAUCCUUCCCAACUUGAAAGGCGAGGGAAAGCGGGACGCGUAGCGUGCGCGUUCGCGGCUCUUGGCACAAACCCAAUUCAACCGCUAGUUAGUCUUUGGAGAGCUAGUUUGUCGCUCUCUUCAUUUCUUUUUUUAUUUUUUUAUUGAUUUUUUUCACUUGUGCAUUGAAAAAGUAGUUCAAUAGACUCAAAAAAACGGCGAACGAGCUUUUAAAAAAAGUGGCGCUUGAAUUGAGCUAGUGCCAAGAACCGCGAACGCACACGCUACGCAUUCCGCCCCCUGCCCCGCCUCCCUCGCCGGGAUGGAUUGACUAAGACUACUCAAAAAAAAAUUAGGCCAGGUUCAGGAGGUUUCACCAGUCUCAGCAAACUCUCAAAACUCUUUUUGCCUUUCUUAUUUCACGAAACAUAAAAUCAUUGAAAAUUUUCGUUUCGAUUGUUAAGAUAUGAAACUAUCUGCUCAGGUUCGGACUUCACCGUCGUGUGGCGCGGACCGGCCGUGGAAUCGAGAAGAGCUCGUAUUGAGGUGACGGUCUGAUUUAAAGCACCAAAGCUCUGGUUCAGGCUAACGGACUCGCGACAAGACUGACGCUCGACGCGGUCGCCGCCUGCGACGCCGGUCCCUACGCAGUCAUCGCUCGCAACGACUUUGGCGUCACCUCCAGCGUCGCCUUUCUCACUGUGCUCGUCGAGCCCAGUCAGCACAAUCCUCCAUGCUUUCGAAGAAUUUUUAUUUGAAGAGCAGCCACAAGGCGUUCGCUUCGAGGUGGUCGGACCCCGCGAAUUGCGACUCAAAUGGAUUCAAGAGUUGGAUGUUAAGUACUGUGUCGAGUACCGAAGUGACGGUGAGUGAUCAUUUGAGGAAAAAAACUCGUUUCCUUUUCAGUCGAUGAGGCGUUCGUGUGCGCUUCGAAAAACAUAGCCAAGUCGCACGUCGCGAUGCGAAACUUCCUUCGCGACGUCUACGAGUUCCGUGUGUUCGCUUACAACCGGCGACUGCGUAGUCCUGCCUCCGAGGUCGUCGCUGUCGACUUCUCGCGAACGUCAUGA